AACAGUGCGCUCCUUAGCAUGUUGGUGUUUCCGUGUAUAUUAAAUAACUAAAUUAUAGUUAUCUGCAUGGCAGUCUGGUUAUCUGUUGUUAAGAAGCUAUGUUGAAGUUUAAAUACGUGAGUCAGGGCAGCCUGAAAACGCAGCCGUCCUCAGCGGACCCCAUCACAAGCCGCAGCUCGCGACUCAACCAAGUGUUUCAGGGCCGAGUCAGCCUGUGUGGGCAGCAGGGAGGAUGCACUUUAGGUCGGGAAGAGUUGCUUGAGGCUCUGCUGCUACUGUACCAAGAGUGCACCUCCCCAGAGCUUAUGAAGAUUCAUCAUGUGGCAAACUUUGUCAAUAAGUUUUCUGAAGUGGUCUCAGAGCUGCGGGCCAUGCAGCCUGCUCUUCCUGACUUUGAAGUGCGUGCAGUGGUGGGUCGUGGUCGCUUUGCCGAAGUCCAGGUAGUCCGGGAGAAGGCCACUGGCGAUGUUUGUGCACUGAAAGUCAUGGACAAGACAGUUUUAUGCACUCAAGACAAUGUGGUUUUUCAUGAGGAGGAGCGCAGGAUCUUGGCUCUGAACAGCAGUCCCUGGAUCCCGCAGCUUCUCUACGCCUUCCAGGACAAAGAACAUGUCUACCUGGCGAUGGAGUACUUGCCUGGAGGCGACUUGAUGUCACUGCUAAACCGAUACGAGGAUCAGUUUGACGAGUCCAUGGCUCAGUUCUAUUUGGCUGAGCUGGUAGAGGCCAUUCAUGCUGUCCACCAACUUGGCUAUGUCCACAGAGAUGUCAAACCAGAGAACGUUCUCAUCGAUCGCACUGGUCACAUUAAGCUGGCAGACUUUGGAUCAGCUGCCAGGCUAACUGCUAACAAAACAGUUGCAGCUCCCACAGUGCCUGUUGGGACCCAGGAUUUCCUCUCCCCAGAGGUGCUGGCAGCCAUGAAUGGGGGCUCUCAUAGCACCUAUGGGGUUGAAUGUGACUGGUGGUCCCUGGGGGUCAUAGCCUAUGAGAUGAUUUAUGCCAGGUCGCCUUUUUCUGACGGCACGUCCACCAAAACAAUCCACAACAUCCUCAACUUUCAGCGUUUCCUAAAGUUUCCGGAGCAGCCGCGGUCCAGUAAGCAGUGCGUAGACCUGCUGCAGAGUUUGCUGUGUGGAGCCAAAGAGCGACUGGGUUUCCAGGGACUCCGCUGUCACUCUUUCUUCUCCAGUGUAGACUGGAACCACUUAAGACAAGUUCUCCCGCCUUUCGUUCCUGCGUUGCAUGCUGAAGAUGACACCUCUAAUUUUGAGGAGCCGGAGCAGGCAGCCCCCCGGCCAGCCUCAGCAGCCCAGCGAGGAGCUCUGCCAGUGGGCUUCCAGGGCCAGGAUCUGCCCUUUUUAGGCUGGUUCUUCAGCAGAGCGUUGACAACAUUGGCCAAAACUGAGUCAGUGUCUGCAGGCCUCAACUCUCCUGCGAAGACCAACUCCAUGGAAAAGAAACUGCAUCUUAAAAGCAGAGAAUUACAAGAAACUCAAGACAAAUGUCACAAGAUGGAGCAGGAGAUCUCCAGGUUCCAGCGUAAAAUGACUGACCUGGAGUCAGUGCUCCACCAGAAGGAUGUGGAGCUGAAGGCAUCCGAGACUCAGAGGAGCAUUCUGGAGCAAGACCUCGCCACCUACAUUACUGAGUGCAGUAGCCUGAAGCGAAGCUUAGAGGAGGCACGUGUGGAGGUCUCUAGAGAGGAUGACAAGGCCAUGCAGCUGCUGCACGACAUUCGCGAACAGAGCAACAAGCUGCAGGAAAUUAAAGAGCAAGAGUACCAUGCCCAGCUGGAGGAGAUGCAGGUCACCAUCAGGCAGCUGGAGGAGGACCUGUCAGCUGCCCGACGCCGCAGCGACCUCUACGAAGCUGAACUGAGAGACUCCAGGCAAACAAGUGAGGAACUCAAGAGGAAAGCGGUGGAGUACCAGCAGAGAAUCCAGAAGGCUAAAGAGCAGGGCAAAGCCGAUGUGGAGGAGCUUCUCUCCAAACUAGAGAAGACCAACUCUGAGCAGCAGGUGAAAAUCCAGGAGCUCCAGGAUAAGCUGUCCAAGGCAGUGAAAGCGAGCACAGAAGCCACUGAGCUGCUGCAGAAUGUUCGGCAGGCCAAAGAGCGGCUGGAACGAGAUCUAGAGCGUCUGCGAGGCAAAACCGACUCUAGUGACACUUUAAAGCGCCGCCUGAGAGAAACAGAGGAGGGCAGGAAGACCCUGGAGAACCAGGUAAAGAGGCUGGAGAUGGUCGAGCGGCGGGAGAAUAAGCUGAAAGAUGACAUUCAGACCAAAUCCCAGCAGAUCCAGCAGAUGGCUGAAAAGAUCCUGGAACUGGAGGAGAAUCUGAGGGAUGCUCAGUCGACAGCCCAGAGGAUGGAAACCCAACUGGUUCAAAAGGAGAGGCUUUAUGAAGACAAGAUCAAGGUUCUGGAGGCCCAGAUGAAGGUAGACCUGGCUGACAAGGAGAGCCUCGAGGCCAGAAGGGCCCAGCAAGAGGAGGAGUCGAGGGAGAACUGCAAACUCAUCAGUGAACAGAAAGCAACCAUUAAUGCUAUGGAUUCCAAGAUGAAGAACCUGGAGCAGCGCAUUGCUGAGCUGUCAGAGGCUAACAAGCUGGCUGCUAACAGCAGCAUCUACACCCAGAAGAAUAUGAAAGCCCAGGAGGAGAUGAUCUCAGAGCUUCGGCAGCAAAAGUUCUAUUUGGAGUCUCAGGCAGGCAAGCUAGAGGCCCAAAACGCCAAACUGGAGGAGCACCUGGAGAAGAUGAGUCAGCAGGAGCAGACCAAGAGGACCCGGCUGCUGGAGCUGGAGAGCCGGCUGCGAGAGAUGGGCCUAGAACAUGAGGAAGAGAAGCUGGAGAUCAAAAGACAGGUGUCAGAGUUGACCCUCUCCCUGCAGGAGCGCGAGUCCCAGAUUAGCAGCCUGCAGGCUGCACGUCUUGCCCUGGAGAGCCAGCUGCAGCAAGCAAAGACUGAGCUUGAGGAGACCACCGCUGAGGCUGAGGAGGAAAUCACCGCCCUCAGGAAUCACAGAGACGAGAUUCAGCGCAAGUUUGAUGCCUUGAGAGACAGCUGCUCAGUGAUCACUGACCUGGAGGAGCAGCUCACACAGCUGAGUCAGGAGAAUGCUGAGUUGAACCGCCAGAACUUCUACCUGUCCAAACAGCUUGAUGAAGCGUCAGAUGAGAGGGAGGACCAGCUGCAACUCAGUCAGGAAGUGGACAGGCUGAGGAGGGAGGUGGCUGACCGUGAGAUGCACCUCAACAACCAGAAACAGAACAUUGAGACACUGAAGACCACAUGCAGCAUGCUGGAGGAGCAGGUGGUGGAGCUGGAGUCUCUAAAUGAUGAGCUGCUGGAGAAAGAGAGGCAGUGGGAGGCUUGGAGAGGUGCCCUGGAGGACGAAAAAAGCCAAGCUGAGAGACGCACCAGAGACCUGCAGAGACUGUUGGACAACGAGAAGCAAAAUCGGCUGCGAGCAGACCAGCGCAGCUCUGAAUCUCGCCAGGCAGUGGAGCUGGCAGUCAAAGAGCACAAGGCUGAGAUAAUGGCCUUACAGCAGGCCCUGAAGGAGCAGAGACUGAAGGCAGAAAGUCUGUCUGAUACUCUCAAUGACCUGGAAAAGAAGCAUGCCAUGCUGGAGAUGAAUGCCCGCAGCUUACAACAGAAACUGGAGACCGAGAGAGAACUGAAACAGAGGCUGAUGGAAGAGCAAGGGAAGCUGCAGCAACAGAUGGACCUCCAGAAGAGCCACAUAUUCCGUCUGACCCAGGGCCUGCAGGACGCCCUGGAUCAGACCGACAUGCUCAAGACUGAGCGGACAGAUCUGGAGUACCAGCUGGAAAACAUACAGGCUGUAUACUCCCAUGAGAAGGUGAAGAUGGAGGGGACCAUCUCCCAGCAGACCAAACUCAUCGACUUCCUCCAGGCUAAAAUGGACCAGCCCACCAAGAAAAAAAAGGGUAUAUUUGGGCGGCGUCGGGAAGAUGUAGGCACUACAACUAACGGGGCACUGGCUCCACAGGCCCAGCCUGCCGUUCCCAUGCAGUACGGUGACAUGAAGAUGGCUUUGGAGAAGGAGCGGUCAAGAUGUGCAGAGCUGGAAGAGGCUCUGCAGAAGAUGAGGAUAGAGCUGCGAUCCCUUAGAGAAGAAGCGGCUCAUUUCAAAGCCCAGGAACAUGUGGCUCCUUCUACGCCUGCACAGGCUCGACAUCAAAUCCUCAUGUCGGCCAUCGUCAAAUCCCCUGAGCAUCAACCCAACCCCAGCAGCCUGCUCAACCCCUCCACCCGCUGCAAGGAGACCUCCACACCUGAAGAGUUUGGUCGUCGUGUGAAAGAGAGAAUGCAUCACAACAUCCCUCAUCGUUUCACUGUGGGCCUCAACAUGAGGGCUGCCAAGUGUGCUGUCUGCCUGGACACUGUGCAUUUUGGACGACAGGCUGCCACUUGUCUAGAGUGUCACACACUGUGUCACCCUAAAUGCUCACCAUGUCUUCCGGCCACCUGCGGUCUGCCAGCCGAGUACGCCACUCACUUUUCAGAGGCUCUAUGCCGGGAAAAGGCGAACUCUCCAGCACUGCAGGUCAAAGAGGCCAGUGGGCAUGUUCGCUUGGAGGGAUGGAUGAAGCAGCCCAGAAAUGGCAAGCGUGGUCAGCAGGGCUGGGAGAGGAAAUAUGUGGUGCUUGAUGGAACUAAAGUAUCCAUCUAUGAUGCUGAGCCCAGAGAAGAUUAUAUAAAAGCUGAAGAGGAGUUUGAGCUCUGUCUGCCUGAUGGGGAGGUGACCGUACAUGGUGCUGUUGGAGCCUCUGAGCUCAUUAACACUGCCAAGUCAGAUAUACCGUAUGUGUUGAAGCUGGAGUCACAUCCCCACACCACCUGCUGGCCAGGCCAGUCCCUCUACUUCAUGGCUCCCAGCUUCCCUGACAAGCAGCGCUGGGUGGCUGUACUGGAGUCUGUGGUGGCCGGCAGCCGAGGAUCCAAAGACAAAGUGGAUUCUGAUGCUGCAGGUGUCUCUAAAAGACAGAAGAACCUAUCCCCACUGGUUCAGAAACUUCUUGGCAAUUCUCUGCUGAAGCUGGAGGGUGAUGACCGUUUAGACAUCAACUGCACUCUGCCUCUCACUGACCAGAUCGUGUUGGUUGGCUCUGAGGAGGGUUUGUAUGCUCUAAACGUCAUAAAGAACUCUUUGACCCACAUCCCAGGGCUGACCUCCGUCUUCCAGAUCCAGAUCCUGAAGGAGCUCGAUAAGCUGCUGAUGAUCACUGGAGAGGAGAGGGCCUUGUGUCUCGUGGAAAUCAAGAAGGUGAAACAGUCUUUGUCGCAGUCCCAUCUCCCAGCUCAGCCCGACCUCAAUCCCUUCAUCUUUGAGACCGUCAAGGGAUGCCACCUCUUCUCCUCUGGGAAGAUUGAUAAUGGGACCUGUAUCUGUGCUGCUAUGCCCAAUAAGAUUACAAUUCUGCGACAUAAUGAAAGCCUGAACAAGUUCUGCAUCAGAAAGGAGAUUGAGACAUCAGAGCCCUGUAGCUGUAUCCACUUCACUGGCUACAGCAUCAUUAUCGGCACCAACAAGUUCUAUGAGAUUGAGAUGAAGCAGUAUGUGCUGGAAGAGUUCCUGGAUAAAAACGACGUGACGCUAGCUUCAGCUGUCUUCGCUGCGUCCUCCCACAGCUUCCCCAUUUCCAUAAUCCAGGUCACAACGGCACCACAGAAAGACGAGUACCUGCUCUGUUUCCAUGAGUUUGGUGUGUUUGUGGAUGCGUAUGGCCGCAGAAGUAGAAGUGAAGAUAUCAAAUGGAGUCGUCUGCCUCUCUCAUUCGCCUAUAGAGAACCCUACCUGUUUGUGACCUACUUCAACUCUCUGGACGUUAUUGAAAUUCAGGGACACGCAGCUCUGGGGCCUCAUUCAUAUGCACACCUAGAUAUCCCAAACCCACGCUACCUUGGCCCAGCCAUCUCUUCUGGAGCCAUCUACCUGGCCUCUUCCUAUCAGAACAAACUGCGGGUCAUUUGCUGCAAGGGCAACCUGGUCCAGAGCCAAGAGGGUGUAAGUGACCUGCAGCGGAACGGCUCCGGACGCAGCCCUAACAAGCGUGGGCCUCCUUCCUACAAUGAGCACAUCUCCAAAAGGCUGGCAGCCAAUCCCCUAGCUCACGGAGAUCCUGGCACCCCUCACCGCUACAGAGAGGCUCGCACAGAGUUCCGACGGGACAAGUCACCAAGCCGUCCACUGGAGAGAGAGAAGUCUCCUGGCAGGAUGCUGGAGAGUCGGAUAGUGGGGUCUCCAGGCAGGGCUAUGGCUGACCCCCGGUUAGAUCGCUCCCCGGGCAGGGCCAUGGCAGACCCUCGAAUGGACCGCUCUCCUGGCCGUAUGAUGGAUGUUCGGAGGGAGAGGUCCCCCGGACGAUUUGAAGAGCGCCAAAGGCUUCAUACUGGCUCUGGUCGCACGCCCAUUAACCCUGUUAACAAGGUAUGGGACCAAUCAUCUGUUUGAGAGACAGCAGAGCCACGCAUACCCAGCAUGGACAGACAUCUUUGAAAAGGGAACAGAGGGAGCAGAGAACCAGUGAGAGUGUCACCAAUUCAUGAUGAAACACUGCCACACAUGAGUUGACAUCUAAGCUUUCAAACCCACAGAGGAAAACAACCGUAGCCGCCAGAACAGAAAGAACGAGAGAAAUAAAUAGAUGUCAGUAGAAUCAGGUUAUUUUUCUCUAUGAACUGACCCGAGACAUAAAGGUCAACAAAAUGCCAUAUAUAUUACCAUUUUUGAGCAGGGUUUUUUGCGGUGUAUUUGAGCAUGUGCUCUGUACUCCAAGAAGGGAUUAGUAAUUGGAUUAGAUAUCUUUAAAAACAAAAUCUGGGAUCUGAGUUCUCAAUUUUAGCCCUGACGCAGUGGGUUUUGCUAGUUUCAGUUAACUCCACAUAGUAGUGACUACAGUACACAAGCACAGCCGUAGCAACUUUAUCUCACAAGUCAAUGCCUAAAUACUUACAAAGUCAUUCACUAGUGAAAAUGGCAGAGUUUCCCUCAAACUGUAGUUUUAACACAUUUGGCUCCUCUCCACACUCUGUCUGUCCACAGUAGCCACAGAUCAGGGACGGACAGUGCCGUACAUCUAACAGCAUUUCUGGCUCCAGCCCUGCGCUGACAUGUCAACACACAAUCAUUAUCAGCUAAUUACAAUCAUCCUCUCCUAAUCUGUCUUCUGUCCAAACUUUGGUUCGUCACGGUGACAGGAGUUGGCUGGAGCACAAAGAAAUUUCAAUAGAAUUUAAGUGAUCAAACCCUUCCUGUAGGGCUGGGUAUCGUUUAAAAAAUGACCAGUACCGGUGCCGCUUAAUGUGAUACAGUAGCUAAAGUUAAUUAAUGUGAACCUCACCUCACUCCACUUCACCACAUCACUGACUGUAUGGGUUUAAGCUGCUGCGAUAAUGGGCCAAUCACACGUCACACUACAUCAAAAAAUGUUAAGUGUGGUAAAAAACCACACAAAUACUUUAUAUCUGGGUACAAAAAGGACUGAAUGCAAGUAUCAUUCAAGCCCCCAGGAAGACUUUUUCCUGUAGACUAACUUUAUGAAAGAUUUGUCAGUGGAUAAAUGUCUUUUAGCGUCAUAACCCCCGCAGCAUGACUUGUUUCACGAUCAGGAUUCGAUCAUUUCAGACUGAUAACAUUUCAAAGGCCAGAAGAGCCGCACUAUAAAAUCAUUUUAUCCCCAUUUCAGUUAGCGGAGCAGAAAACCGUAGCCAACUCAAGCUGGCAAAGCCUCUAGUGCACUCUCGGGGAAAUGACGUGGAUGUUCUGGGUAAUUUUAAACCCGGGCCAAACAGGGCCAUCCUCCAACGCUGUAUCCAAGUCUCUGUAUACAUCCAUGGUAUCAUUUGACAAGAAAAUGUUCAAUACUACUUGGUACCUGGUUAUUUUGGUCAAUACCUUAAAGGUAUUGAGCAGCGAUACCCUGCCCUAUAUGCCCUCCCUGUAGAUCCACACAUCACAGGAUUGUCCACCUCGGAUAGGUCGACACUAAAACUGCACUACCCACAAUCCCCAGCAGGACUUUCUAAUCCUUCAGAACGCAAUCUGACUGUAAAUAGACGAGACAUAAUUUUAUAUAUAUUGAGAAGGAAUUUCAAGGCUGGAUAAGCCAUGUCUAUUUUUGUUAAAGAAAAAAAGUGAUUACGUGUCCUCUUGAAUGUCAAAUGAGUAUUCUUUUAAUAUGUCCAAACAUCCUUUAUCAAGUGAGUGAUUGUAUCUGGAUCUAAUUCGUGUAUGCACUUCCAUCGUCAAAUGCAAAACCUCAGUGCUGAACUAUAUGACAGGAGGGGGAAAAAAGAUCAUGUCUGAAGCUUUCAACAUAGUACUUGAGCAUUUCUUUUUGUACAAUGGCCCUUAUAUUGUAUAUAACCCAAAAAUGUUCAAGGUGAAGAUGAAAAUAUUUGUUUUUCUCCUGAUUCGUGAAUGGCAUGGAUAUGUAUAUCUGAAAUGAAACGGAGUGUUGUCUUCUGCUUCUGCGUCAUUUGGGUUAUAUUUUUAUUCCAUGAUUUAACGACGAAGCACGUGAAUAACAUCUCGUUUCUUUUAACUAUUACCUAUUUGCACAGUGAGUUCUUAUGAGUAUAAUUAUAAUUAGAAAAUCUUUUUCUUUCAUGAAGGCACUCUUGGCAAGUUAAACAGUCCAACCUUAAAAGACACUUAAAUCCAUCCAAAUAUAUUUUGGCUUUCAUUGUCAAAAUGUUUAUGUUUGACUAAUGGCUCAUUUAUGCUCAACUGUAGAUAGGGACAGAGCCUUCUGUCCAUACCCUGCAUUUAUUUCGUCUGUAUUUAUGCAUGUUUUCUGAAAGCUUAUGAAUGUGGUAGCAAACGGAGCAGUGCCACCGGAAAGCGUGGGGACAGUGUAGCAUAAUUCAAGUCGGAUACAAUCGUAGGACACAACGAAGACAUUUUAAAAAGGCGCAAUGAAACAAAUCAGUAUUAUAGUCAAAAGAAUUCUUCGUCCACGUAUUGCGACGUAUUUAAAGGCCCGAUGUGAAAUACAAUGGAACAAGUAAGUUUUCCUUAGUGUAUAGUCACAUAAAUGAGCCGUUUAUAUCCACAUCCGGAGGAGAUUCUCUUCCACAAAGGUCACUAUAUUUCUACAGUAGCCCAGAAUGUAU